CGACGACUCUACGAGCAACGGGACGAGCCCAAAGGAACCAUGAGCAGCCCGACGCCUGACCCACGAAGCUGGACGCCAACACCGGAGAGGACAACAUCUCCUUCGACAGAUAACCGGCCGACCAAGACCCACAUCAACCCUUUCGUGUGGCUCAUCAUCAUUGUGGUCUUGGUCGUUGUCAGCACUGGCUUUGCACUCAUCACUAUGCGAAAGGCAGAGUACGUCGCAAAACCGCCCCAGGACCCAGUUUGCCGAAGCCGCGACUGCUUGGAGCACGCUUCCCACCUUAAGAUCUCUAUCAACACCAACGCCAAUCCCUGCAAGAACCUCUACAACUACGUCUGCGCUUUCUGGUACAGAGACUACAGCUACAAGGACCCCAAAGACAUUGAGACGAUGCUCACCGACACCAUCCUCCACACCCUUACCGCUGGAAACUUGGACUUGCAGAGUAAAGCAGUAGCCAGGGCGUUCCGAAUGUUCCAGUCGUGCAUUCAUAGGAAGGACGACCUGGACGCUUUCAAGCGAUUCACCACAGACAUGAGGGUCCCGUGGCCCGAAGAACCAUUACGUGAGGCCAAUGCUCUCGACGUCCAUUUGCAGCUUCUCAUCCGCUGGAGGAUCUCUUUCUUCUUCCGAAUUAAAGUGGUUCCAUCAAGAAACAAUAAAGAGCCCGUUCUCGUCAUAUGGAAAGCCGUGGAGGUGCGAUCAUGGAAGCAUCUGCGCACUGUUGAUGCCCGCGCCGUAUCACAAUACGCUGCAAGGGUGCGGCAGUUCGCCCACGCCAUGGGACGCAGCGAGACCCUCAGUGACAGUUACGUCAAUCAGCUGCGAGAGGAUGAACUGUCCGUCAUGACGCUUGUGGAACAGGGAAGAAAGUCUCCGUUUUCAGAGCAUUUCUUCGGUCUUCGUCAACUCCAGAAUUACACAAAAAACAUCACUGCCGAAGAAUGGGUCUCUUUCAUCAACACGAACUUGCCACCUGCAUUACAUCUUACCACCCACUCUAUGGUAGUUGUCCAUAGUCUUCCAGUGCUACACAUGCUCGGUAGGAUACUUGAGAUCGUACCUAACGAGCGUCUCCUCGUGCUACUGGGCUGGAUAUUCGUCCAAGAAUACGCCUGGAUGGCGUCAACGAACUUCGACAUAGUCACAUGGGGAAGCAAGCGGGAAGCUGAAGAACGCGCACCUGCUUUCUGUCUGCCACAGAUCGAGGACGCAUUCGGACUUUUGCCUUGGGCGCCAUUCAUGUACAAGAACUUCCCAAAAACAGAGCGCGAUAAGGUGAACGCUGUUUUGGACAAUAUUGUAGGUACCAUUCAGGAGAUGCUCGAACGAUCUACCGUCAUCAGCAACACCACGAAGCAGACAGCUAGCGCUAAACUUCGAAAAGUGAGGCGUAUUCUUUGGCCGACGGAAACCUUCUUCAACGAACAAGAGCUCGACGUCCUGUACUCGAGUUUCGAUCCAGCGAAUGGAACUUUCUUCCAAGACUGGGUCCAAUCUAUGACAGACUUAGGCAAGCUUUUUAGUCACAACGAUUAUCUCAACUUGUACAGUAAGACCAUGACCGACAAGGAGUUCGGCACCAUAGUUUACCUGUAUUAUUUUAAUACCUUUAAGCUGUCUAUGGCUGAACUUAUAUCCCCGCUUUACUAUCGCCAUGGCAACAUGGCGAUGAGCUACGGUUAUUUGGGCACACUAUAUGCAGCGUUCUUGAGCAAAUUUAUUGAUUCGCUCGGCCGUCAGAUCGAUGACAAAGGCCAGAAGAGAGACUGGUGGGAGUCACAUGCGUCCCCCAAGUGCAAAUCUUACGGUGAUAGGAGAAUGGGCAAUCUGUUUGGAUUCGAGACCUCGUACGAUGCCUUCAAGACAGCUCUCUUUGCGCAAAGGAAUAAGGCAUUGAACUCUAGACUGGAUACCUUAAACAUGUAUACCGGGGAGCAGGUAUUUUUCCUAACCGCUUGCAGGCCCCUUUGUUCGCGAGGAGAGUUCGGUAAACAGGUCUGCAACGCUGCUUUGGAUUCCACUGCGUUCUUGAGAUCAUUUAACUGCUCUGAAGAACCCAGCUGGUACGCGAGGAACUGUCGUAUGUUAUAAAAGAUAUUGACACCUGUUGUGUGGUCUACGGUGGUCUAUAGCCGAAUUUAGAAAGUUUUAACGGGAUUUCAGCAACUGGAGCCCAAGAUGGUGCUGGAUCAGGGCUCAGUAGCAGCCGAAGUAUAAAUUAUGCAAAAAUUUCCUCCAUGGAAUUUCGAAAGGGUUUUCACAUCUCCCGUCACAGCUCGGCCACGUCACUGGUAAAUUUCGAGGCAGAGGCGUCGGUACAAGGGAUUUCCAGGGCUACCUUGGGCUUCCAGCUCCCGUGGCUCGGUGGUUAGCGUGCUGGCCAUGUCACGUCGAGACUGGGAGGUACCCGGGUUCGAAUCCCGGUGCCGGCUGUGCUGUCUGGGGUUUUUUCUGGGUUUUCCUCAGACGCUUUCAGACAUAUGUCGGCACAGUUCCCUUAGAAGUCGGCCCAGGACGCACAUUCCCCCAGGGCGUCAGUCGUGACGUUGCCCACCUACGUGAGGCCGACAACGGCAAGCCCUUCCACCACCACCACCACCACCAGGGCUACCUUACUGGCAAGGUAGAAAGUAUAGAAACGAAGGAAGUGAAAUCGUCAUUCAGGGAUGCUCGAAAACCUGUUUAUGUACUCACCACCACCAAAAUCAGGACCGUCGUCACCACCACCAGGAGCAACCGUUUGGAAUUAUAUUCUCGCCCUAUCGCUAUGCAAUUCAGAAAAAAACAAGUGAAAAAAAUCUCAAACGCAGGUGCUUAGUCAUUUUUUGUGAAUGCUGGUCCCGCUAUUCACAAUCGACAACAAUAAUUCUUCCACAUUUUUCGGACCCCCUGCAAAAGGGGAUCCAAUCCACCCGAACAAUCUGACCAAUUCCGCGUGCCACCACCUAUGGGGCCUCCCAAAAAUUGGCGCGACUGGAUGAACCUAACAGAGACUAAGCUCUGAGUGGCCACUUGCGCGCGUCGCUACCAUGUGUUCCGGCGCCGUUACCAGGUACCCGGACUCGAAUCCCUGUGCCGGCUGUGCUGUCUGGAGUUUUUCCUGGGUUUUUCUCAGACGUUUUCAGACAUAGGUCGGCACAGUUCCCUUUAGAAGUCGGCCCAGGACGCACAUUCCCCCAGGGCGUCAGUCGUGACGUUGCCCACCUCUGUGAGGCCGACAAUGGCGAGUCCUUUCACCACCA